ACUUCACUUUUCCGCUGAAUGUGUCAAGAAUGUUAAGAUAGAAAUUAAGAUAAACGCAAAUCUCUUCUAACUUAAUUGAAGUUCUGGAUUUGAUCCUUGGUUUGGUUAAAAAUUCUUUGGAAAUACUCAUUUAGGUCCAUAAGACUCGAGGGAUUGGUUUCUAAGGUUGCGUGCGGAGAAUAUUCGGCUCACACAAAAAAAUUUAAGAUAAUACUAAUGUUUUUCUAACUCGUUCCACAAGCAAACUAAACAAUGUCUUUGUCUUUGAAUUAUGCAAACAUUUGAAAACUCUAAUCUAUUAGUACUAUUGUCUGUUUUAUCCUAUCUUUCUUUGAAAAUUCUAACCAAUGCCCUCAAAGUCAAAUUAUGAUAGUGUUUUCCUUGAGAUUGACUUAGUCAGUUAGCGCUUUUAAAGACUUCUUUGCAAACAAAAUAAUUUAAAAUCUCAAUAUAUAUUAUAGAAACCAAAGUUAGAGUUUAACUUGUUAGAUGUUGUUAGUUUGGCUUGUAGUUUGUAGGUAGCAGCUCAAAGUUCCAUUCAUGUUGAGCUAAGGUGAAGCUUACAGUCUCAGUUUUUGUAUCUGCAUUAAAAUGGCUUUUCAAAUAAAAAGGGAUUUUCUAUUCCAAAUAUUCUUGUUCCUCAGUAUGUUAAUGGCUGGUCAGAGUACCGAUACUGAUAUCUUGUGUUUAAAAUCCAUUAAGAAUUCCUUGGAAGACCCAAACAAUUACUUUCAAAAUUGGAACUUCAACAACAAAACCGAAGGUUUCAUAUGUUGGUUUACUGGUGUUGAAUGCUGGCAUCCUGAUGAAAAUAGAGUACUAAAUCUCAAACUAUCUAACAUGGGAUUGAAGGGCCAGUUUCCGCGUGGUCUUCAAUACUGCUCUUCAAUUACGGGCGUAGACCUUUCUCUCAACGAGCUCUCAGGACCCAUCCCAUCUGAUAUGUCAACCAUACUCAAAUAUGUUACUGCCAUGGAUAUCUCUGGUAACAAAUUCACUGGUGAAAUUCCGAUAGAUUUUGCAAACUGCACUUACCUGAAUUCUCUUAAGCUUGACCGCAACAUGUUAAGCGGUCAUAUCCCCCAAGAAUUUUCCCUGCUUAAUAGGCUUAAAGUGUUUGAUUUUUCUGACAAUGAUUUGUCAGGGCCAGUGCCGAUGUUCCAAAGAGGAGUAGUUUCUAAUUAUGCUAAUAAUUAUAAACUUUGUGGAGGAGUGUCUUUGGCACCAUGCUCCGGUGACAAGUUCCAUCAAGCAUUAAAGGGUGGCCUCAUUGUUGGUUUUGCAUUAUCAUUGACUUGUUAUAUUGUGGUUACUUAUUACAUCUCCUACUCCAGUUCUGUACCUCAUGUGCAAUUGAAGAAGAAGAAGUACAGAAACAGCCACCUAAACAAGGUUAAAGAGCUAGGAAAAUAUAUUUCCUCCAUCACAAGCAAGGGGACACAAAGCAUAGCUAAUCAUAUGCACGAAUUGCUACAUCCGCAGCUGGUGGAGAAAGGAAGCAAAGAGAUCUCUAUGCUAAUGGAGAGACUGACUUCAACAAUAUGGUUGGAAGAACUGCGCGACGCAACUGAUUGUUUCGCCAUGGACAAUGCCAUUGGGGUAGGAAAGAUGGGAAUGAUGUACCAAGGAUUUCUGCCUAAUGGUCAGUUACUAGCUGUUAAGAGACUAUUUGACUCUCGGUCAUUUAAACGUCAAUUCCUUUUGGAAACAGCGAUUUUGUGCAAGUACAGACACAAAAAUAUAGUUCCCCUGCUUGGGUUUUGCAUUGAAGAGAAGGAAAGGCUUUUGGCAUAUGCAUACAUGUCAAAUGGAAGGCUUUCCAAAUGGUUACAUCCUUUGGAAAGUGAAGUCAUAAGAUUGAAAUGGCAUGAUAGGAUCAAAAUUGCACUUGGAAUAGCAAGAGGCUUAGCAUGGCUACAUCAUACAUGUGAUUUUGGCAUUGUGCAUUUUAAUAUAUGUUCACAAUGCAUAUUGCUAGAUGAUAAUUUUGAACCCAAAAUAUCCAAUUUUGGAGAGGCCAAAUUUAUGAAUCCCAACAUUGAAGAUCAUCUAGGGGUGAUAUUUAAAGUGAAUGAUGGGAAGAAGGAUGUUUAUGACUUUGGAAGUGUGCUUUUAGAAUUGAUUACAGGAAAAACAUAUAAUGAAUUAUCACGUUCAUAUGACACUUAUAAUCUUUGCAGUAACCCUUUGAGUUUUUAUAAUGUAAUUGAUAAAUCUGUGACUGGAGAAGGACUUGAAAAUGAAGUUUGUACUCUCCUAAAGAUUGCUUGUGAGUGUGUUCACCCUUUCCCUGACCAAAGGCCAACAAUGCUUGAAGUUUACAACAAUAUGAAAAAUGUAAGGAUGGAUCGAAACGAUUAUGGUGGUGAAGAGUCAGACACAUUAAGGGGAUUAUAAUUUGCUUCUUCUCUUAUUAUAGACAAAAUUGUUAAGUUUUGAAUAAUUAGAUCAAAUAUAUAUGUAUCCACAAGCUUCUUUAUGUCAGGAAAGAAAAAAAGUUUACUCUA